CAAAUACCACUUUUUACGACUAAAAAAAUAUAAUAAAAUCGUAAAAAUUUGAAAUGUCUGGAGUUUGGGUGUUCAAGAAUGGGAUCAUACGCCUGAAUGAGGGCUCAGACCACCAAUCGAGCCGAAAAAAGGUGCUGGUGCACCUACCAACCGGAGAGGUGGUUUCAUCCUACGCCUCACUGCGCCAAAUGCUGAUGGGCCUUGGAUGGGAGAUUUACUAUGGCGAUAUCGAGCUCUUGCAGUUCCACAAAGCCUCAUCAAUUGAUCUCAUUUCGCUUCCUAAGGAGUUUCACAAGUUCAACUCCAUCUACAUGUAUGACAUUGUCGUCAAGAAUCCUAAUGUCUUCCUCGUCAAAGAUUGCUAACCUCCAGAUCUUUGCCAUUGUUUUAC